AUGUCGCAUUGCUCGAGGUAUUUCGUUCUAUCCAAAAACCUGGGUAGGCUAUGCACUAUACCGAAUACCACGAUCUCGCGGUUCGCUACUGCAGCUUCUGAGAAUCCCAAGGUGGUUGAAUCACCAAAGGACAAGAAUUUUGCAAUUACCGAGAAGGCCAUCAAGGAUGCCGAAGAAUUGGCUAAUAGAUACCACAAGUAUGUUUCUGAUGCUAUCGUUCGGUGGGACAAAUGCAAUGAAAUCUACUACGGCAAGGAGCGUGAUAUGGUGAAUUAUCCGACAAUAAAAAUAGCCGAACAGCACCCAAAAGUGCGUCUUGGGUUCAUCCCCGAUGCGUGGUUUCAGCUUCUAUAUUCUCGUACUGGAGUCACAGGCCCAUAUCUCUUCCUUACCGGCACUACCGCCUUUCUUCUGAGCAAGGAGUACUGGGUUGUUGACGCUCAUUUCGUUGAAAUAAUCCCAUUCGUCAUCAUUAUGACCUGGGCCAUUAAGACAUUUGGCUCCCGGUGCUCUGAUUAUAUUGGCAAAUUUACUCAGCAAAGAAUUGAUAACUUUUACACCAAACCGAUGAGAAACACUAUUGCUAACUUGGAUAGGACUAUUAAGUCUGCAGAUGAGGAGAUUGCCCGCGCCGCUUUUCUCCCUACUCUCGUUGCUGCAAAGAAGGAGAAUAUCGAUUUGCAACUGGAGGCGGCUUAUCGAGAACGUCUCCAAAAUGUCUAUAAGGCCGUCAUACGUCGUCUGGAUUACCACGUGGAACGAGAGAAUGUGCGUCGUCGUUUCCAGCAGCAACACAUGGCAAAUUGGAUCACUUCGGCGGUGGUGGCGGGCAUAACCCCAAACCAGGAGAGGGAGACUCUACGAAAGUGCAUCGAGGAUUUGAAGGUGCUGGCUGCAACGAAGUCCACUGCCAAAACGGCUUAA